AUGAUGGCAAAAAAUUCCUUGGAAGGGUCUAAAGAAGACCUGAGCAAAAUUUCGGAGGAGGAGAUGCUGAGAUGGAGCAAGGAAGAGCUGGUGAAAAGACUGAGGAAAGUGGAGAAUGAAAAGAUGAACUUAAUGGUGGAACACGGUAACUUGAUGAAAGACGUGAACCGGCGGCUGCAGCUCCACCUGCACGAGAUCCGCGGGCUGAAGGAGGUGAACCAGAAGUUGCAGGACGACAACCAGGAGCUGCGGGAGCUCUGCUGCUUCUUGGACGACGAUCGGCAAAAAGGCAAGAAGCUGUCAAGGGAAUGGCAGCGCUUCGGGAGGCACACGGCCAGCGUGAUGUGGAAGGAGGUGGGCAUGUACCAGCAGAAGCUGAAGGACCUGGAGGCGAGGCAGGAGACCCUCCUGCGGGAGAACGUGGAGCUAAAGGAGAUGGUGCUGAUGCUGGACGAGGAGCGGAGCGGGGCCGGCUCGCGGAGCUCCAUCGACAGUCAGGCCAGCCUGACCAACCUCAACGGCGGCUCGGCCACCAGGGACGUGGGGGACGGGAGCAGCACCUCCAGCACGGGCAGCGCGGGCAGUCCCGACCACCAUCACCACCACCUUCACCACCACAAGGCCGGCGACAGCAAGGCCGGGGCCAUGCGGAGGUCUAUGGAUGACCUGUCCGCGCCCCUGCACCACCGGAGCAUCCCCAACGGCCUCAAUGAUUCAUCUUCCAACUAUAUCAGGCAACUUGAAACUAAAGUGAAACUCCUGGAGGAUGACAACAAGCUUCUUUCCCAGCAGUCCAGCACGGGGGACCUGAGGACUCUGAGGAAAGGAUUGUCCCCGUACCACUCUGAGUCACAGCUCUCAUCACUGCCACAGUACCAAGAUUCCCUGCAAAACGGCCCAGCUCGCAUGACGUCUGAUCUUGCAUCUUCUCCUGCAGCAGGGUAUGUCCCUGUGGGUCAGAAGCCAGAGGCUGUGGUGCAUGCAAUGAAGGUCCUUGAGGUUCAUGAAAAUUUGGACAGGCAAAUGCAAGACAACUAUGAAGAAGACCUAAGUGAAAAGGAGAAGGCGAUUGUUCGUGAAAUGUGCAAUGUUGUCUGGCGAAAGCUGGGUGAUGCCGCGAGCUCCAAACCCUCCAUCAGGCAACAUCUGUCAGGAAACCAGUUCAAGGGUCCUUUGUAGGAACACCAUCCUGGCAACUGGAAGUGAUGGAUUCUGUGAAGACUAAAGAGGCAGAGCUCAGUGUUUCUGGCUGCCUGUUCUUUGGGAGUUGGGGUUGAGUUUUUUCAGGAUUUCCUUUUUUCUUUUUUUUUCCCCCCAGCUUUUGUUUUGUUUGUUUUUUUGUUUUUUUUGUAACAAUAGUGUAAAUAUGGCAGCUAAAGGCCUGAUUUCCAGGCUGUGGUGCUCUGGAGCUACUGUUCACUGGGUAACCAUCCAAUAAUGCCAGACUUGCAUCAUUUUUAUUGUAGUUCAAACCUGCUUUGUUGUAACGGUCUGUUUGUAGAAUUGACUAACUCAAGAGAAUUUCUAAGAGGAACAAGAAGAACCCUUAACCUGCGGAGAAGUCACUGUUUGUAUUGCUCCUGUCCACCCACUUGCCAGUGAUUCAUAGCCAGGUUAGUGGCUCCAGGCAGCCAUGGAAAAUACAAUUCAAAUUCAUUGGCUUACUGCCUGCCAAGUUCAUGAGCUGCUAACACUUUUUUUGGAGGUCCUUAUUUUGAAGAAUGACAUGCAACUGUUUUCACAAGGCUCUGAGUGGCAAGCUAAAAGCACUUGUACUGCCCUACAUUGUACGGUGGUACUCAUCACAUAGGCAUACAUGAGGCUUAAGACUCUGUAUCAGGUGUUAAUGAACAAUUUUUCAUGAUCAAAUGAAAUAU